AUGGAUUAUUGGAGACAAAAACAAUACAGCAGGAAUCUUAAUAUAGCAAUUUCUGAAUUAGAAGAACAAUUUGGUAAAGAUAUUUUCAAUUCUUUUCCAGAAGUAGCUAAAGAUGGUUUAAUUGAACAACAAAGACAAAUUUUAAAUACAGAAUUUGAGCAAUUAGUUAAAGAAGAAACAAUUAAAAGAAAAGAAAAAGCUAAAAAGAUUUCAUCAGCUAUUUUAGCUAAAGGAUAUAAUUUCAAUGAAGAAGAUAUUGGUUAUGUUAAAACUUAUCAUAAAUUUAAAUCUGUUUCAUUAGGUUUUCAAGAAGAUUCUUUAGAAUUGUCUAAUCCUAACUUACUUCUUGGAGGUAGAAUUUUAGGGUUUCAUAAAGAACAAAUUUUAGGAUUAAAAGAUAGAAUUCAUGAAAUUAUUAAAGAAUCUUAUACUUAUACACCUUUUGAAAAAUUACCGGUAAGUUAUGCUUAUUUUAGAGUUUUUAAUAAUGACACAGUAGUAGGAUCAACACGCACUCAAUUUAUUCAUUUAGAUAAAGAAGAAGAAGAUUUAAAUAGUUUAUGUAAAAGGUUUGAUGACUUAAUUGAAUUAUUUAGUAAUCAACAAUAUCAUUAUCAAUAUUUAUUUUCCACUGAACAAAAUCAAUGUAAUACAGUUCUUUAUUUUACAUCUUUAUAUUUCCCAUCUCCUAAAGAUCAUACUAAAUGGGGAGAGAAUAUUGAUACUAAUUUAAAAUUUCUGUGUUUUCAAUUAUUUACUGCUAAUACUGAUGAUUCUGAUUGUGUGCAGCAAUGUGGUAGAUUCUUAGAUAAAAAUUUAGAUGCUAAAACUUUAACUGAUAUUACUAAUCAUUUUAAUAACCAUGUUUUAAUAUUUAAUUUAGCUGACCAUAUUAAGAAUAUUCAAGAUAUUAAAAAUUUUUAUGAUCUUAGAAUUGAUCCUAAUAGUCCUAUUAAAGAGUUUAAUGUUAUUAAUCCAACAAUUAAAUAUUUAUUAAGUCAUAAUGGACAUAUUGGAGUUAUGCAUAAAUUAAGAGCACAAAAAUUUACUAAUAAGUUCACUACUUUUUCUCCUUUAAGAUUUAGAAAUAAAACUAAGAAAAUCACAGUAUGUUUUGAUAUAGAAUGUUAUUUUGAUCCUAAAGUAGAAAAAGAUCAAAGACAUAUACCUUAUCUUGCUUGUGGUUGUUUUAUUCUUGAUAAUAAAAUUGAAUUUUCUAUUCAAGAAGAAGGAGAGAGUUGUGUGUUUAAAAUUAUAGAUACUAUUUCUGAUAUAGCUAAAGAUUUAAAAAUUAAGUCAAUUGAAUUAAUUGCUCAUAAUGGAGGUAAUUAUGAUUUUCAUUAUAUUAUUUCUAAUAUGUAUAAUCCAGCAGCUAUUAAAAAUAUUUUAAUGAGAAAUAAUGCUUUUAUUAGUUUUGAAUUUACUCAUAAUGAAGUCAAUUUUUAUGUUAAAGAUAGUUAUAGCUUUUUAUUAUGCAGUUUAGCUAAUGCAUCUAAAGCUUUUGAUGUGGAAGGAGGUAAGACAGAUUUUCCUCAUCAUGAAAUUAAAUCUAGAGAAGAUCUUGAAAAAGUAUUUAAUAAAUGGAAAUCUGUUGAUACAAUUAUUGAUUCUCAUAUAGAAAAACAAAAGAUGAUUAUUACUGCUCAACAUUUUAUUAGAUAUGAUUCUCAUGAAGAGUCUAGAAAAUUGAUUGAAUGGGCUAAAGAUUAUUGUAUGAAUGAUGUUAUUGUUUUAGCUAAUGUAUGGCUUAAAUUUAAAUAUACUACCUUUGACAUUUUUGGAGCUCAUAUAGUAGAUCAAACUAAAACUUUGGCUGGAUUAUCAUUUAAAUUAUUUGAAGCAUUUAUUGAUCCUGAUAUUAAGUUGUAUCAUCCAGUUAAGGAAGAUUAUUUAAAUAUUAGAGAGGCAUUAAUUGGAGGAAGAUGUAUUAGUGAAAAUGGUGUUCAUGAUAAUGUUUUAUGUUUAGAUGUCAAAUCUUUAUAUCCUGCAGCUAUGGCAUAUUAUGAUCAACCUUAUGGUAAAAUGUUUAGAGUUAAAGAUAGAAAUAUCAAUAAAUUAGGAGUUUAUUAUUGUAAGAUAAAAGCUAAUAAACAACAUAAACAAGAAUUCUUCCCUAUUAGAUAUAAUAAUAAAGUAGUUUAUAAAUUAGAUAGUACUAUAGAAUAUGAGGCAUGGUAUACAUCAAUAGAUAUUGAUAUAGGUUUAGAAGAAGGACAUGAUAUAAAAAUUUUACAUGGUUAUGAAUGGAGAUCAAAAGGUAAGAUAUUUAAAAAUUAUAUAGAACAAGUGUUGUAUAAAUAUAAAUUACAAUUUGAAAAUGAAAAUAAUCAGGUUAAAAGACAAGUUAUCAAAAUUAUUAUGAAUAGUUUAUGGGGUAAAUUUGCUCAAAAAUGGAUAGAUAAUGAAUAUACAAGAUGCUGA